UAGAUGGCUAUUACUUAUUUUAUUCACAAUAGAAUUUUACGUCCAUUUUAACAUUCACGUUUCAAGGAUAUAUCAAUAAUUCAAGCAAAAUGACUGAUAUCAAGCUCAAAGAUUUUAAAAAUGAUUCAAAUCUUAAAACUUCAACAAAUUCAUAUUUAACAUCACCAAUUUUCAUAACACCUCAUAUAUCGAAUGAUGAAGUAGAUAAUAUUGAUUAUCAUUUUGAAGAAGCAAGACUUCAAAGUUUUAAAAAUUGGCCCGUGCCAUAUAUAAAACCUGAAAAACUUGCAGCUGCUGGAUUUUAUUAUACGGGUGAAUGUGAUAAAGUUAGAUGUUUUGAAUGUCAAGUUGAGAUAUGUCAAUGGGUACAAGGUGAUAUUCCAAUGGUUGAUCAUCAGAGAUGGUCAGCAAGAUGUAGAUUUAUUUGUAAAAUAAAUUGUGGUAAUGUACCAAUUGGAAUAGAUGCUAAUACAAUUGUACAACCAAGAAGUAGUUCUUAUGAUUUAGAACAUCGGCUUACAUCUGGUGUUGAUAAUUUUUCAACUGAAUUAUCAAGCAUUAAUAAACCUAGUUGUUUAAACUUGAAAGAGCCUAAGAAACCUGUACAUCCUGAAUAUGCUAGUUAUGAUGCAAGGUUAAACACAUUUUCAACAUGGCCAAAAUUUAUGCUACAAACAAAAGAACAAUUAGCAGAUGCAGGUUUUUAUUAUAUAGGAAAAGGUGAUCAAACUAUAUGUUAUUAUUGUGGAUGUGGUUUAAAAGAUUGGGAACCACAAGAUAAUCCUUGGGAGCAACAUGCGAAAUGGUUUUCUAAAUGUUACUAUUUAUUAAUGAUUAAAGGACAAGAUUAUGUGAAUCAAGUAACGGGCCAGCAUAUAUCUUCACCUUCUGUACAAGAAACAAUAUCAAGAUGUACAAAUAGCAAUUCAGAAUUAAGUUAUCAAAAUAAUAGUGUAGAGACUAAUGUAAAUAAUAUAGAACCUAUAAGAGAGAAUGCAGAAAAUUUAUCAAAUAUAAAAGUACAAAAUAAUAAAUCUCCAGAUGAUGCAAAAAUAUGUAAAAUUUGUUAUAAUGAAGAAUUAGAAGUAGUAUUUUUACCAUGUGGACAUGUGAUCGCUUGUGUAAAAUGUGCUUGUGAUAUGAAAUCUUGUGCAGUGUGCAGAAAACUUAUUACAAAGACUGUACGGGUUUUUUUCUCGUAGUAUUUUAUAUAUACAUUAAUAGUAUUUUAACAAUUAUAGAUAAAAAAUUAUUGCAAUAUAUUUAUAAUGAUUCUUUUAAUUACUUGUAACAAAUCAUUUUAAUAUGAAAGAUUUAUAAUCCGUCCAACAAAUCAAUUCAGUAUUAAACAAAACAUUCAGAAUUUAAAAUAUGUGAUAUAUGUAAUAAUUUCAAUUCAGUUAUUUACAUUCAAUUAUUGACUGGGAUAGCAAUAUUGCUAUGGACAUAUAGAAAAAUAUGUUUUAUUGUAGAUUCACUUUAGUUAUUGAUAAAAAAAAUCUUUAAUAUUAAAAUAAAAAACAUAAUUAAUUAUUUAAGGUAUUUUUUAUAUUUUUAUUUAUUGAAUUAUUAAAAUUAAUGUCUUUAAAAUA